UACACGCAAGAAAGCUAUGCAAAUAGAUAACAGUUUCUUCCCCAGCUUUAAGCUUGUUAUAAUGGAGUAUAAUCUAACUCUUUAGGCAGUUUAGUUUCUUUUUCUUAUUUGUAAUAAGUCAAGCAGAGAGAGCAUGGAGUCGAAUUCUGCAGCUUCCUCAGCUGGUGAUCAUAGUAACCAUACUAGAAGAGCAAUGACUAAUGAGGAACGCUAUGCUGAGUAUAAUGUGUACGGUAAUCUGUUUCAAGUCUCUCGUAAGUAUGUUAUUCCUCGUAUCCGCCCUCUUGGUCGUGGCGCUUAUGGUAUUGUUUGUACUGCUUUAAACUCUGAGACGCGUGAGGAAGUCGCCAUCAAGAAAAUUGGUAAUGCAUUUGUUGACGUAAUAGAUGCCAAAAGGACGCUUCGAGAAAUCAAGCUUCUUCUUCACAUGGAUCAUGGAAAUGUGAUUGCAAUCAAAGACAUUAUAAGGCCUCCAGAAAAGGAAAGUUUCAAUGAUGUCUACAUUGUCUAUGAGUUAAUGGAAAUGGAUCUGCAUAAGAUAAUUAGCUCCAACCAGCAGCUUACAGACAAACAUUGUCGGUAUAUCCUUUACCAGCUACUGCGAGGUCUCAAGUAUGUUCACUCCGCAAAUGUCUUGCAUCGUGAUUUAAAACCAAGCAAUUUGCUUCUUAAUGUAAACUGUGAUCUAAAGAUUGGAGACUUUGGACUUGCAAGGACGGCAUCACUAACUGAUUUGACCACUGGCGUUGUUACUCGAUGGUACAGUGCACCAGAAUUGCUCCUUAAUUAUUCAGAGUAUACAGCAGCAAUAGAUAUCUGGUCAGUUGGCUGUAUACUUGGUGAAAUUCUGACUAGGCGUCCGCUGUUUCCUGGAAAAGAUUAUCUCCAUCAAUGGAGACUUAUAACAGAGCUGAUAGGUUCACCUGACGAGUCCAGCCUGGGGUUCCACAGAAGUGAUAAUGCACACAUAAAAUUCAGUCAGCUUCCUCAGCACACUAAACAACCUUUUACUACUAGAUUCCAUAACAAGUCUCCUGGUGCUGUGGAUUUGCUGGAGAAAAUGCUCAUAUUCGACCCCCACAAGCGUAUCACAGUUGAUGAAGCACUUUCGCAUCCAUACUUGGCACCUCUUCACGACAUUAACGACGAGAGGGUGUGCUCUCAGCCUUUCAGUUUAGACUUGGAGCAGUCGACAUACACCAUAGAAACUAUCAAGGAACUCAUCUGGAAUGAAUCUGUGAAAUUCAAUCCUGACCCGAUUCUUUGAGACCCUUCUGUCAGUAAGUAAGAAUUGUUGUAUACGCUUUGAUGUCGCAACUUGUUAACCGGUGAAUGAAAUAAGUCGAAUAAGUGUAGCUACUGUUACAGGGUUAAAUGCCUGGUUUGCUAAUAAUCGUCCAACUUGUGAUAUCCAUGCUUCAUUGAAGUUUGUUACACGGGUUAAGUUCAGAGUUUGCUGUAACUGACCAACUUCUUAUAUUCAUGAUUUUAUUAGGAUGAACAUUUCCAUUUUGUGAAUUAAAUGUUUUUUCCUGUC